AUGUCUCAAUCCUCCUUGCACUGGUUGACCCAGCUCAACACCACCGAGACCCCCGACAAGUCGUUGCGCCGCUCGUCCAUCAUCGGCACCAUCGGCCCCAAGACCAACAACGCCGAGGUGUUGGUCAAGUUGAGAAAAGCCGGCUUGAACAUCGUGCGCAUGAACUUCUCGCACGGCUCCUACGAGUACCACCAGUCUGUGAUCGACAAUGCACGCAAAUCCGAGGAGCUCUAUAAGGGCCGCCCCUUGGCCAUCGCCUUGGACACCAAGGGCCCGGAAAUCAGAACCGGCACCACCGUCAGCGGCGAGGACUUCCCGAUCCCGGCGGAUCACGUGAUGACGUUCACCACCGACGACGCCUACGCCAAGCUGUGUGACGACAAGGUCAUGUUCCUCGACUACAAGAACAUCACCAAGGUCAUCGACAAGGGCAGAAUCAUCUAUGUGGACGACGGUGUGUUGUCCUUCGAGGUGCUCGAGGUCGUGGACGACCAGACCUUGAAGGUCAAGUCCGUCAACGCCGGCAAGAUCUGCUCGCACAAGGGCGUCAACUUGCCCGGCACGGACGUGGACUUGCCCGCGUUGUCCGAGAAGGACAAGAGCGACAUCCGCUUCGGAGUGCAGAACGGCGUGCACAUGAUCUUCGCCUCGUUCAUCAGAACCGGCGACGACAUCAAGGAGAUCAGAAAGGUCUUGGGCGACGACGGCAAGGACAUCCAGAUCAUCGCCAAGAUCGAGAACCAGCAGGGUGUCAACAACUUCGACGACAUCUUGAAGGAGACCGACGGAGUCAUGGUGGCCCGCGGUGACUUGGGCAUUGAAAUCCCCGCGCCCCAGGUCUUUGUUGUGCAGAAGCAGUUGAUCUCCAAGUGCAACUUGGCCGCCAAGCCCGUGAUCUGCGCCACGCAGAUGUUGGAGUCCAUGACCUACAACCCCAGGCCCACCAGGGCAGAGGUGUCCGAUGUCGGAAACGCCGUUUUGGACGGCGCCGACUGUGUCAUGUUGUCCGGCGAGACCGCCAAGGGCAACUACCCGUUCGAGGCCGUGUCCAUGAUGCACAACACCGCCAUCAUCGCCGAGAAGGCCAUCUCCUACACCACCUUGUUCAACGAGCUCCGGUCCUUGGUGAAGAGACCCACGGACACCACCGAGACCUGUGCCAUUGCCGCGGUCUCGGCCGCCUACGAGCAGAACGCCAAGGCCAUUGUGGUGUUGUCCACGUCCGGAAAGACCUGUAGAUUGGUGUCCAAGUACAAGCCCAACGUGCCGAUCAUGAUGGUCACCAGAAACCCCCGUGCCGCGCGCUUUUCCCACUUGUACCGGGGCGUGUACCCCUUUGUCUACGAGAAGGAUAAGGUGGAGAACUGGCAGGAGGACGUCGAGAACAGAUUGAGAUGGGCCGUGGCCGAGGCCAGCGACUUGGGCAUCCUCCAGAAGGGUGACUCCAUCGUCACGAUCCAGGGAUGGACCAGAGGCUCGGGCCACUCCAACACCAUCAGAAUCGUGCAGGCUUAA